CUUCCCUUCCCCACCUCUCAAAGCCAUCGAGCAAUCUAUAAGCCCUUCACUUCUUUCCAACAUCCCUGAUAAGCUCAUUACGUCCAUGGCUCAAUUGCCAGCCUCGAAACGGACUGCCUCACUCUCCGGCUCGUCGAGACUUUCUCUUUCCGUACCGCCUGUCAGAAAUUCUGCAUAUGGUCGUCCUGGGCGACAUCCUCUGAAACACGAAUGGGCCAUUUCAUAUGUUCACCGACCACCAGGCGCAAAGGGGAUAGAUUAUGAGAAAGAAAUCAAGAAAGUCGCAACCUUUGGCUCCAUCGAAAGUUUUCUCCACCUGUAUUCUCACCUGACACCUCCUAAUGCGCUACCUCCGAUUACAGAUGUAUUGGUCUUCUUAUCUCGGAUAGGUCGACCAGGGGUAUGGGAAGAGAUGAGGGACGGUGGAAAAUUCACCCUUCGCCUCGUACACCCCAUAACGCCUUUAUUAUACGAAAGCCUGCUGCUUGCUCUGCUCGGGGAUCAAUUUGAAGAGGCCGACAGUGUGGUCGGAUGUGUGUUGAGUGUGCGGCAGUCAGAGGAUAUUUUGAGCGUAUGGGUGGAGCAGGAAGGUGAAGGUGUUCGAUCAGGGUCUUUGAAAGAAAAAAUAUUAUCCCUUCUCGGUCUCCCUCAAUCAACGAUAUGUGAAUACCGUGCCAAUCGUACACUCCUCGAUGCCGCUUCCCAUCCUUCAGAAACUAAACCAUAUCCACCUCCAGUACAUCAUCCACAUCACGUCCAUACUCAUCACUCGCACCACGCUCAUCACACUCACGCUCAACCCCACCAUGCGAACCAUCAUCAUAUUCCAUCCAGUGCGGAGCGGAGGGAAGCCAGAGAACCCAGAGGACCAGCAGAGGGACUGAGAGGUUUUGGCAGGGACAGGGACGGGGAGGUAAGAGUGGAGAGGAAUGGAUGGGGUAGGAGGGGAGAUCAUCAAUAGUGUUCAUCUUCAGCAGGGUUAAUAGGGAGAUCUCGUAGCAAGAAUAGGUUUGCGGAUUGCAUAUAUGCUAUGUUGUCUUUC